AUCCACUUUUUUUUUUCGUAGCCUUUCUUCUUUCUCCUCUUCUUCUUUUUUAUUGUUGUUGGUGAAGCAAUCACAAAAAAGAUUUCCCCUCCAUCAUUUUCCUUCUUCUUCACGAACAACACGGAAACGUUACGCACACUCUCAAAACAUAUCGAAAACAUACAUAUCGAGAGAGUGAGAAAGACAACAAACUAUAACCGCAACCGACAAAUACACAGCACAGCAUUAGUAUACCAUGUCCAGCAUCGCGCAACUACCUCCUGCCAAUGAUUUCAGUGCAACAUGGACUUUUCUGGAAAACGGUCUAGAUCAAAUUAUGAACCGACUCGAGGAAGGUCUCGAUCGCACUCGCUAUUCCAUAUUGUAUAGCGCCGUCCAUAACUUCUGUGCGCGCGGAAGUCCACCUCAAACUGCCGGUGCUGCAGGAUCUUACUCUGGUCCAUUGAACCAUCGAGCUGCUACUCACUUGAUUGGAGCUGAACUCUACAACAGCUUGAGUAAAUGGCUUGAAGACCACUUGACAAAGAUUCGCACGGAAUCUGAAAAGUUUAUGGAUGAGGCGCUGCUGCAGUAUUACACAAAGCAAUGGAUUCGCUACACCACUGCUGCGCGCGUUGUCAACAACAUUUUCAUGUACCUAAACCGUUACUGGGUCAAACGUGAAAUCGAUGAAGAUCGCAAGAACGAUGUCUAUGACGUUUUCACUUUGACACUUGUUUGCUGGAAACGCCACAUGUUCCAAUUUGUCCAUCACAACGUGAUUGCUGCGGUGCUGAAGCUGAUUGAAAGAGAGCGAAACGGUGAAACUAUUGAGACUGGUUUGGUCAAGAACAUUGUCGAAUCAUUCGUUUCGCUCGGACUGGACACCACGGAUUCCACAAAGUCGAAUCUCGAUGUAUAUAGAGAGUUUUUUGAAACGCCUUUCAUCAGCGCCACGGAAGUGUACUACACAACUGAAUCUGAGAAAUUUAUCACGGAAAACAGUAUUCCUGAUUACAUGAAAAAGGCUGACGUCCGUCUAGGCGAAGAAGAGAACCGUGUCCAAAUGUAUCUCCAUGAGUCUACUCACAAGCCUCUCAUCUCCAAGUGUGAGACCGUUCUGGUGAAGAAUCAUACCGAGGCUAUCUGGGAAGGUUUCCAGAGUCUAAUUGAUUUAGACAAACAAGAUGACCUGCAUCGUAUGUAUGCUUUAUUGGCACGCAUUCCUGAGGGCUUGGAUCCUUUGCGCGUACGAUUCGAGACUCACGUUCGCAAGGCUGGUCUUGGUGCAAUUGAAAGAAUUGCUCAGCAAGAGACUGUGGAUCCUAAAACAUAUGUGGAUGCCCUUUUGGAAGUUCAUCGCAAGUACAACGAUCUUGUUCAGACCGCAUUCAGUGGCGAAUCAGGAUUUGUAGCUGCGUUGGAUAAGGCGUGUGGUGAAUUCGUCAACCGUAACAAGGUCUGCAAGAACUCUACAUCCAAGUCGCCCGAACUGCUCGCUAGAUACUGUGAUUCGUUGCUCAAGAAGAGCGCCAAAAACCCCGAAGAAAACGAGUUGGAAGAUGUCAUGAACAGCAUUAUGACUGUAUUCAAAUACGUUGAAGACAAGGAUGUUUUCCAAAAGUUCUAUUCAAGGAUGUUGGCCAAGCGUCUGGUGAACGGUACCUCUGCUUCAGACGAUGCCGAAGGCAGCAUGAUUUCUAAGCUCAAGGAAGCAUGUGGUUUCGAAUACACGUCCAAGCUGCAGCGUAUGUUGACAGAUAUGUCACUUAGCAAGGAGUUGAAUGACUCGUUCAAGGACACUAUGCAACAAAGCUAUGAUACCAGUGGUACCAAUGUCGAUUUUAAUAUCCUCGUCCUGGCUGCCAACCAAUGGCCAUUUUCGGCCCCCACUACCUCGUUUAAUAUUCCAGAAGACGUAAUUAAAACAUACGAUCGCUUCCAAAAGUUCUAUCAAAACAAGCAUUCAGGCCGUAAGCUCACUUGGUUGUUCCAAUUUUGCAAAGCCGAACUUAAGACCAGCUAUUUGAAGGGAAGCAAGGCCGGAUACACUUUGCAAGUGUCUGCCUACCAGAUGGGUGUGCUUUUGCAGUACAACAAUGGCAUCAGCUACAGCUUUGAAGACUUGCAAGGAAGCACUGCAUUGUCUCCAGAGGUGCUGAGCUCUGCUUUGGGCAUCUUGGUCAAGGCCAAGGUCUUGUUGCUGAGCAAUGGCGAAAAAGUGGGCGAUACUGGUUCCAGAUACGAUCUGAACUUUGACUUCAAGAGCAAAAAGAUUCGAAUUAAUCUCAACUUUCAAAUGAAGACCGAACAAAAGGUGGAGACUGAUGAGACACACAAGACCAUUGAAGAGGACCGCAAAUACCUGAUGCAGGCUGCGAUUGUCCGAAUCAUGAAGACACGUAAAGUGAUGAAGCACGUUGCACUCAUAGAGGAAGUGAUCACGCAGCUCCAAUCACGGUUCAAGCCGCGGGUUCCUGACAUUAAAAAGUGCAUUGAUAUUCUUUUGGAAAAGGAGUUCAUUGAACGAGUAGAUGGACAGAAGGACAUGUACAGCUAUGUUGCAUAAGCUCGCGUUAUGUUCACUCUAUUUUUACGAUCCACACCACCAAGCCAAGCCAAGCCAAGCCAACAAAGGCACCACACACACACACACACACGCACGCACACACACGCCACACGCAGACGGACACCUUUUGUCCACUCUUUCUCUUUGUCAACAAUACCUCUCUUUCUUCUACGCCGUAAACAGAAAAGAAACAUAAAAAAAGAAUGGGCUCGAACAUCUGUUCAACGGGCAUGGUUACACCAAGUCAAUUUACAGAAUUUGUACCACAUCAUCGAUUUCGAAAACCAAACAAUAUUUCCUCAAAAGUGUGUUUUUUUUCUUG